GGUAGUGUGCUACUUUUUCAAUUCUCAGUUCAUAUCACAAUUCUCUCUUUUUUCUUAAUAACAAAGAAGCAUAUAAACUCAGUUGUGGGAGAUUAACUCCACUGCUAAACUUGCAAUUCUUAAAAAUUAGAAUUGUAAGAUAUAAACUCAAUUGCAAGAAAAAAAAAUCAGAAUUGAGUUUGCAUGUUGCAAGUCUUCCUCCCCCUCAGAAUUGUGAGAUGAAAAGUUAUUGUUGGUGUGAACAGGACAUCAUCAGUACAUUUGGUUCACUGAAUUAAGCAAGCUGCAAAGCAUUUGUUUCUUAAAUAAUCAUUUACUUAUAAAUUGUUGGAAAAUGAACAAAACAUGAUGAAAUGUUAAACCAUAACAAAUUACCCUCAUGUAUUUUUAUUUUAUGCAAUGAAACCAUAAGUUCAACAAAUGGCACCAUAAAGUCCACAUAAUUUGUCCACCGUACUAUAAAUUGUUUUUUUUUAAACAUUGUUUAAAGGGAUAGUUCACCAACCCCAUUAUUAACCCUACAUUAUUUCCAAAUGUAGCUUUGUGUUGGUUUAAAUCUAAAGAUUUGACCAGUUCCCUGCUGUUUCUGUCCUCUGACUGAAAUCUCUGCUGUAGGCUGUCUCUGUCAUACCGUGGCUGGUCUGAUCAUGUUUUCACCACUGACAUGAUUAAUGUGUUUUGUUAUAAAAGCAUUUGUGGGUUUAAGUAAAUUAAUCUUUCCCAUAAGAGUUCACAAUGACCAGAUUAAAAACAAACAAUAGGAUGAGCCCCCGAGUGUGUUUUCAAUCGAGCCCAGCCAACCACCUCGUGGUUACAUUUCCUGAAACAAACAUGUUUACUGGAAUUAACAAGACUGAUCUCUCCAGUCUAGGUCUGACUUCCGUCUAAAACUGCAAACCAAAUGUGAAAUUACAGAGAUUCACGAUUUGACACCAAACGCAAGAUAUAAUUAAGUCGUAUAUAAAUAUGCAGUUCUGUUCCACUCUCAGCACAAGACUGACAAACUUGGAAUAUUCUUGCAUUUUUCACAGGAGUUUGAACAAACAAGGGAGAGACGUUUAAUAAAAGAUGGAUGGUUUGGGACUAGCACUGUUUGGAAUAUUUUUAGUGUCAUUCACGAUUUCUACACCGGUUAAUCAUAAUGACAAGUCAGCAGAAUCCAGUUUUGAAUCCUCUGAAUCAAAUGAGUUGAGCUCUUCAGAGGAGGUCACAGUACUGAGGACGACAUUAAAACCCAUUGAGCUGAGCACCAUGGGACCAGACGGUCCGGGGAACAAUCUGCACCAAGUCAUCGAAACUACCCCACAUCCACCCCUUGAGCAGACCACAUCGCACCCUUCCCUCACAGAACAAGAGGUUGUGGAGCCCGUCAUGAAUAUAAGCAUUGUUCCUCUUGAACCAUUUGUGCCAGUUACUGGAGGAACAGUUACUGGACGACCAGUUACUGAAACCCCGGGUAUAAACGUCUCAGAACUGCAAUUGUACACGGUCGCGCUCACCAGUCCUGAGGAAAAACCUGUCAGAGGAGACAACAUUUAAUCAGCCAGUGUGCUGAGUAUUUACUAGACUUGUCUAUUCCCCAAAACAUGGUGCUAUAGGUGGAAGGGUUACCUUGAUAAGAGGAUGAUCAACCUUGUAUCAUCUUCACUGUUCUUCAGUAGCAUUUUACAGUUGAGCCGAAUUAUCUUCAGAAUUACACAAUAUCGUUUUCAGCUAAUAUGGUGUCUAUUCAUUUACAAUUUUUAAUUAUUAGCUGAAACAGUAUUUCUUAAGAAGUGUGAAAGUUAUAUAAAGCAAACCACAAAUAGGCAUGAUGCAUGUUAGACUAAGUUUUUCCAGGAACUAUGCAUAUUCAAAAAGUAAUAAAAACGUGCAAAAAAAAGUAUCGUCAACUCAUUUCAUAUUAAUACAUAAAAAACACAGAAUGCCUUUUAUAUGGGAAUUGUCAUCUCAUACAGACCCAUGUUAAAGGAAUGCACUGGGUUCAGUACAAACUGUUGUUUUGGUAUCAUUAAUAUACAAUUAUAGUUUUUAAUAUUUUGAAUUUAUUUGUCAAGUUUUUGUUUUGUGUUCUGACGUAUACAACUCUUAAUUAUACUAUUAGUUCUAAU